AUGAAGAAGGAGUGCGAUCUGUGUGAAGAAACGGCGCGGAUACACUGCGGGCCGGACCAGGCGAGCUUGUGCUGGACCUGCGACGCCAAGGUGCACUCCGCCAACUUCUUGGUGGCGCGGCAUUCGAGGAACCUCCUCUGCCACGUCUGCCAGUCGCCGACGCCGUGGUCCGCCGCCGGAUCCAGCCUCAGACCUACCGUCGCCGUCUGUCAGCUGUGUCUCCGCGGAGGAAUGCGUCGGAAGGAGUUUCGAGUGGUUCCUCCGUCUCCGCAGGCGUCGGAAUGUUCUUCGAGCGGCCGUUGA